UCAGACCAGCCCAUCUGACACCAACAAUCAUGCUACGGUUAAAAAUCACUGAGAUUACAUUUUCCCCCAUGCUUUUAAUUGAUGUAAACCUUACUAGAAACUGCUGGCUCAUAACUUUAUGAUUUUAUGCAUUGCACUGCUGCCAAUCAAUUGUCUGAUUAGAUAAUUACGUGAAUCGGUAGGUGUACAGGUGUUCCCAAUAAAGUGCUCACUGACCACAGCUGUCAUUUCAACUGUGCAACAAAAUCUUAUUAUAGCCUAUGAUAAAAAAACGUGCUUAUUAUAAAAUAUAUUUAAACAGCAAAAAUAAAAACAAGGCACUUCAUAUGCUUUCUCCAAAGCAGUCUAAGCAUUCUUGCAUUAAUAUUGUUGUGCUGCUGUGUUGCACUUAACACAAACAUAAUAUUUCUUAUGUAAUCUUACCCUGUUGUUCACCUUCUCAGUACAUCUUCUACAUAGCUACAGUACAUCUCUGUAACAAACAGCAGUGCAACACACACACACACACACACACACACACACACACACACACACACAGAAGAAUCGACCUGUUCGUGAAUGACACUGCUGGAUAAUCACUCAGGUCUCUAUGCGCCGCUGCCUUCAGUCCAUUUUACACGCUUUGGAAAAACACAAAUCCAGUUCCUUAUGGAUAUUUAUUCUUCCAAACUUUCUCCCGCAGUGGAUUAUGGAGUCGGGGCCUUUCUGUUGCUAAUAGCAAUUUUAUCCAUUGUGGGGAAUCUCUUGGUCCUUUUUAUGGCAUACAGAAGAUCUUCUCAGAUGAAGCCCGCAGAGCUCCUCAGUGUGAACCUGGCAAUAACAGAUCUUGGUGCAGCAGUCUCAAUGUACCCUCUUGCUGUAGCAUCACUGUGGAAUCAUUCCUGGUUAGGGGGUGAUGUCACCUGUAUCUACUAUGGCUGGAUGGGGUUCUUUUUUGGUGUAGCCAGCGUGGCAACCCUGACAGUCAUGGCUGUAGUGCGCUUCACUGCAUCCAUGACUCUACAUUCUCACACGGAGAAAAUUAGUAAAAGGACGGUGCAGGUGAUGUUGGCUGGCACAUGGCUGUAUGCUCUCUUAUGGGCUGUGUUUCCUCUGAUUGGUUGGGGCGCGUAUGGCCCUGAGCCCUUCGGCCUGUCCUGCACUCUGGCCUGGGCAGAAAUGAAGGAGCACAGCCCAUCCUUUGUCAUCAGCAUGUUUGCCAUGAACCUGGCCAUCCCAGCCAUCAUCAUCAUUUGCUGCUACUUUGGCAUCACCUAUCGACUCAAUUUCUUCUACAAGUCUCAAGAAAAUGCCAAGAUCAUCCAGAACAAAGUUAAGAUGCAGCGCCGUCUCAUGUUGGUUGCUGUUCUGAUCAGCGCUGGGUUCAUUGGCUGUUGGACACCCUAUGGGAUAGUGAGUUUAUGGUCAAUCUACUCAACUUCCUCCAUCACUCCUCAUGUCAGUAUGUUGCCCUGCCUCUUUGCCAAGACUUCCACUGUGUACAACCCACUAAUCUAUUAUGCCUUCAGCAAGUCUUUUCAACAGGAGGUGAUGCAGCUUCUCCAUGCAUGCAUUAGAUCCCAGGCAUGUCGUGGCUCUCAGCCAAGUAACCUCACAGAGAAUACAGUCUACAUGGUGUGUGAAGGAACCACAAUCAAAAAAGACCUGCAUAAGGAGCACUUCAAAAGCACAGAGACCGAUGCUAAUACACAAUUCAUAACUGUGGAUUAUCAAUAA